GCCCGGGGCGCGGGGCCCACGGCGGAGAAGCCGGAAGGACGCCGACAUUUCCUGCUGCCGCCAAGGACCUGAAGGCCUGGGGAGAAAGUUCCGCGGGAAAUGCGACCGUCCUAGCGCCCUGCGACCCCCUCCCACUGUGCACCUUCUUGGGCUGCGCCGCCCACAGAGAUGACUAGAAGCCGGCGCUGUUGAAAUGACUUUCUCCGUCGAAAUGGCCCCUUUCUCAUUGCAAACCCGGCAGCUGCUUCACGGGAGCACCUGCGACCGACAUGCUGAUGGGAGCUGCGGUGAUUCCAAAUAGUGAGCCAAACAACGUCAACCCACAGAAAACCUCUUCUCCCUCGUCCGCAGAUCAUGGCUGCACGACUGGACACGGUGACCUUUGCAGACGUGGCUGUGAACUUCACCAAGGAGGAGUGGACUCUGCUGGACCCUGCUCAGAGGAGUCUGUACAGAGAUGUGAUGCUGGAAAACUGCAGGAACCUGGAGUCUCUAGACUCAGUGACUCAACGGAAAGCCCAAGACGCAACCUCUCAGCAGGACAUUCUCACUGACAGCGCGCUUCACGGGGCAGACGGAGCACAUCUCACGAGGGGCCAUGCCCCGCCCUCUGCGUCCGGAGAAGACUGGAAACGCCACCAAACGGGUGAGACACACAAGCAAAGGGAGCGACGUCUGAAGCAAAUCGCAAUUGCCCAUGAGAAGGGCCGGUCCCCAGGUCGAGUCUGUGAACAUCAGGGAAUAAGGACCAAUUCCAGACCUGGCUCAGAGCUUGUGCCGUCGAAGAGAGACAGCGCGAGGAAGUGCACCCUGAAGUGUGGCUCACAUGUUUUGAAACACUGUCCUGGCUUAAACAAUUGUCAAAAACCACAAAGAAACAAGGACUGCGAGAGAGCCCGGCGGCAGGACAUUGCAUCGGUUUCCUGUGUGAGAACCCAGGCGGGGCUAAAAUCACACACACAGACCGGCCAUCAGAACAUGGUGCGGGACACGCCCAGUGACACGGACAGGCGGGUGAACACACAUGAAGGGAAUCCAUCCGGAAAAGUCUUCAGUGAAGACUCGCCCCUUCGGGUACACAGGACUCCCACGAGGGACAAAACGUAUGACCCUGAUCACGCACUCCCUGGCGUGCAGAAGCAGCCCUGCACCGAGGAAACACGAACCCAGAAGAGCGAAAGGGAGAAAACCUCCACCCACGGCCCGCGUGCUGAGUUUUGCAGGAGAACGCGCACUGGGGUGAAAAGCUAUAAAUGUCUCGACUGUGGGAAAGGCUUUGUUUACCAGUCAUUCCUGAGGAGGCAUAUGAAUAUUCACUCGGGAGAACAACCCUAUGAGUGUAAGAAGUGUGGGAAAGCCUUUAAGUACUCCUUACACCUUAACAAGCACUUGAGAAAGCACGCGAAGUCCUACGGAUGUCGGGAAUGCGGGAAAGCCUUCGGGAAGUCCUCCUAUCUUGCUGUACAUAAAAGGACUCACACGGGAGAGAAACCCCAUAAAUGUGAGAAAUGCGAGAAAGCCUUCAUCACAGCUUCAGGACUUAAAAUCCACCUGAGGUCUCACAGCUGAGCAACAAGGAAGGAAAGUGAGGAAAGCUGCGGUCAUUUCUCUCCGUACUGGACAUGGCCAGAGGACAUCUUGGAAGGAAGCUCAAUUAGUUCACCAUAAUGAACAUCUUCCCCCAGCUCUCGUAUCUUGCAGAAAGGUCAGGAUUCACACUGAACAGAAAUCCUGUCAGGGGAGAGUCUAUGGAAAUCCUUUUAUCUUCAUUCCUCCUGAGUAGGCAUUUGUCCUCCAGCUGAAGAAAAACUCUGAGUCUAAAAAUAUGAAAGAGGGGCCGACAGGUGGUGUGGAGGUUCAGGUGGCUGGACCCCACAGGGCUGACUGCACAGUUUUGAGUCCCAAAUCUGGCAGCGUGAGAAACAUACCAGGCAUG